UUUAACUUCCCGGGCCUCCCGUCUAAGAAAACGGAUUUCUGGUUUUGGGUCGCAAUCUCUGAUUGGUAGACGCUCCCCGCUAGUCCCUCCUUUUGGCUGAGUUCCUCAUCACCGCCCUUCCUCAUUUUGAUCGCCAUCUCCUACUUCCCCUUACGGAUUGGCUAUGUACCAUGUCCCAUUCUAUUCCGAUUGGUUUGCCCUCCACGGGUCCCCACCCUCAUAACCAGGCCCUCACCACCCCUUUCUGUUCCAUUUUUGUGAUUGGCUAAAUUCAUUUUCCUCCUUGACCCUCAUUGGCUGAACUUCGGCUUGGGCUGCUUGGAGAUGCGCGCGCAGCCUGGGGUGGUUGCCUUACUGGUGCUACUACCAAGGCCGGGGGGGAGCUCGAGGUUCUGAGUUUCUUCCCUCUCUUUCUGUACCCUACCCCUCUUACCACAGCUUAGGCUUUGGCUGGGUGACUAGGCCGCAUCCCCCCCAUUGGGGGGGAGUGGGCCUUUAUUGUUAUGGAGACUGGUUCUGGGGACCCCCCAUCACCCCCGCCUAGGUAUAAUGCCCCUCACUCAGUGCUCCAUGCUGUAAAGGGGGUUAGGCCAACUCCUUUGGCUUUGCGAUUACCUGCAGGUAACAUGUCAGCUUCGCACCUGGCGACUGUCAAUGCAGUAACAAUGGAAACCGUGGAAGCAGCCCUGCCAACCAGCGCUAUGACAGCAGCACCUUGCAUCGCUACAGAAACGACAUUAACCAAGAUGACUGCAGAGAUGUCUCUUGUCACCUGCGAUAAUGGAAGUGGAGCAUCACCUGCACAUGUGGCACCUGAUGCCACAGCCGUGGACAUAAUUCCAAUGGGCGGCGCACCUUCUACAGAGAUGGCACCUGUGGCCAAUUCGGUGGUUCCCAUGCCUGCUGUGGCAACAGUAAAUGGGAUGUCAGUGACAUCAUCUCAUGAUGUUGGGAUGGUGUCAUCAGCAGUGGCUUUACCCAAGGAGACCAUGGUAAAAUCUCUUCCAGUUCCACCAGCAUCACCAACAGUCGUAGUCGUGGCACCUAGCCCUAUGACACCACCUGAAAAGACCUCACCGACCACUCCAGAAGGUUUGGCACCUCAUGAAAUCUCCACCCCUCAACCACCCCAGGACAUGGGUUCCCAGUCUAGUCUUGGCACCCCAGCACCCAAAGCUCCUCCAGCUCCUGACACCUUGAGCUACUUGGAUUCUGUCAGCCUCAUGUCAGGCACGUUGGAGUCACUGACUGGCCCUGGAUUCCUUGAUGACGUUAGCUCCCUGGGUUCAGAUUCUGAGAUCAACGGACUGGCGUACCGGAAGACCGACAAAUACGGCUUCUUAGGGGGCAGCCAAUAUUCUGUUACACUUGAAAGCGGUAUCCCAGUCGAUGUGGCCAGACAGAGGGAACUCAAAUGGCUGGACAUGUUUUCCCACUGGGACAAAUGGCUGUCGCGCAGGUUUCAAAAGGUGAAAUUGCGCUGCCGGAAGGGGAUUCCCUCUUCUCUCCGUGCCAAAGCAUGGCAACUUCUCUCCAACAGCAAGGAACUUCUGGAUCAAAACCCAGGGAAAUUUGAGGAACUGGAACGUCAGUCUGGAGAUCCCAAGUGGCUUGAUGUGAUUGAGAAAGACCUACACAGGCAGUUCCCUUUCCACGAGAUGUUUGCAGCUCGUGGAGGCCAUGGGCAGCAGGACCUCUACCGCAUUCUGAAGGCCUACACCAUCUACCGGCCAGAAGAAGGCUACUGUCAAGCACAGGCCCCUGUGGCUGCGGUUUUGCUGAUGCAUAUGCCUGCAGAGCAAGCUUUCUGGUGCCUGGUGCAAAUCUGUGAGAAAUAUCUCCCUGGCUAUUACAGUGCUGGACUGGAGGCGAUCCAGCUGGACGGGGAGAUCUUCUUUGCCCUGCUGCGGCGAGCCUCUCCCAUUGCCUAUCGCCACCUGAAAAGAUACAAGAUCGACCCCAUCUUAUACAUGACAGAGUGGUUUAUGUGCAUCUUCUCUCGGACCUUGCCCUGGUGCUCUGUGUUGCGUGUCUGGGACAUGUUCUUCUGCGAAGGGGUGAAGAUAGUCUUCCGGGUGGGCCUGGUGCUGCUCCGUAACACACUAGGCUCAAUAGACAAGCUGCGCUCAUGCCAAGGCAUGUAUGAGACGAUGGAGAAGCUGCGGAAUCUGCCUGUUCAGACCAUGCAGGAAGACUUCCUGGUCCAGGAGGUGAUUAACCUCCCAGUGACCGAAGCCCUCAUAGAGCGGGAGAAUGCCACCCAGCUGAAGAAAUGGCGGGAGACGCGGGGUGAGCUGCAGUACAAGCCUUCCCGCCGACUCCAUGGCUCGCGAGCCAUCCAAGAGGAAUGCCACCGCAUGAACCCACCCCUGAGUGCCAGCGCCAGCCUCUUGAGCCUCACAGGCCUGAAGCAAAGGGUUUCUCUCAGCAGCGCCGGUGGUCCCACCUUUUCCCCAGCACACUCUGUGAGCACCUUGGCUGUGUCUGUCGCCCCCCCUCCGGCCCCUCCCGCUGCCCAAAGCCAGGUGUUGGUUUCUGAAGGCCUCCACCAAGCCUUGCCCUCCCCAACUGGGAACAACAUGCCGCUAGGAGGCCCCAAGAAAGCUGGGGGCAGCAGCAAAGAGGAGAAACGGAAAGAGAAGGAGCGGGAGAAGCAGGAGAGGAUGGAGAAGGAGAGGCAGAAGCAGGAGAGAGAGCGUGACCGUAAGCUGCAGAAGGAGCGGGAGAAGCAGGAAAAGGAGCGUGAAAAGAAGCAGCAGAAGGAACGCGCCAAGGAGGAAGCCAAACUGAAGAAAGAGAGGAAGUUGUCACUGAGGAAUAAAGAAUCCAAAUCGGCCCCUCUGCCACCCGCUGAGGAGGCGAAGGAUGGGGAAGCCCCAGGGGCAUCAGUGCUACAAGACACGUACUUUUGAAUAGGGCUUGGGGAGCCAGGGGGCAACGCAAGCCCUGACAACUCCCUCCCAUCAGCCAAGGACCAAGAUGGUGGCUGCCACCAGAGACUUAUCGUGGUAGGGGGACCCAGAGGGCAGGUGGAGUAGUGGCAAGGGCAUAGCUGCUGUGCACUGAACCACACAGUGUAGGGCCGCCAUUGGGUAGGGGGGAUAUUUAUAUGGUGUUCAUGUUUUUACCUCCCUUUGUGUGCCUGAGCUGAAUUUAACUCCUUUCCCUCCUUAAUGAAUAGGGCCAAAAAAGAUGGCCGCUGCAUUCUGUGUGGCUACAGAAAAUGGCUGCUCACUGCAGAUUUUGUCACAAGCGACAGGUGCACCUGCACAACUCCCCUCCCCCCCAUCCCACCUCCAAAAACUUGGGAGUCUUAACCAAGGAGGUAAUUGUAUUAUUAUUAUUAUUAAUAAGUCUAACAUCCCCAUUUCAAGUACUGUAUAUAAAAUCCUCUCUCCUGAAAGCAGUUUAACCACCCCAGGGUUGUGUACAUCACCUCCAGAGAGGCUAGUUUUGAGAACACAAUGUUGUCUUCCCUCCCCUCCAAUAUAUUAACAAACUCUUCUUCCAUUGUGAGUUGGCCCUUAUAAUCCUGCCACAUGUAGUUCCCUUGCUCUGCCCCAACCUUGACAGGGUCCCAUAUAAGAAACCCCCACACUCCACCUCAUCCUCAGGUAGGCUAUGACAGCUGCCUUACUCACUGAUGGUUGCUCUGCUCUUUGAGAGCCGCACAACAGGCAGAUAUUUAAUGAGGGCUGCUUUUCUCGGAAUAGGCAUGUGGCAAAGAAGAACACUGCGCCUGUUGGAUUUCUUCCUGCCCUGCAGCUGUUGGAGUCAGGAAGCCUCUCUGUACAUAAUGUCUGUGAGGGGGGAGAGGUGGCAAACCCUGCUACCCACAGACGCAGCCAUUUGGCUGCUCCUAUGCAAGGAUUUCUUAGCAGUGGUCGGGGGGGGGGGAAGUUGGUGCCUAAAAUAUGUGUCUCAAGAUUUCUUGAGCAGAGAGAGGGGCCAUAAUUUGAGAUUCCUUCUCCCUCCCUGUUGAUGUGCACUUGAAAGAGGUGUUUGCUGUCCAGUUCCCUGGCCUUGAGUAAUUACCUCCUGGCACAAACAUUCCUGAGACGUGAGGCAAGGAAACCUUUGCUUGGCCCUUUGCUGCUGGCAGUCGAGAGAGGCAGCCAAGUUUCUUUGGGAGCUUCGCCAACAAGGGCACACUGUUGUAAGCUGUUUCUCCCCAAGCACCAGUAUACCCGCAUCAGUACUUUUGACAACAUAUUUAGAAAUCUUUGCCCUUUGUUAUUAGAAUACACCCAGCCCCCUUCAGUUGUUGCAUGGAAAGGACACGUCUCUACUACAUAUUUAAGCCAGUUGAAAAUGAGUUUUAACUGCCAUGGGUUUGCCUAGAGCAGCCUUCCCCAACGACGUGCCCCCCAGUUGUUUUCGAUGAAAACUCCCCAUCAUCCCCAGCAGGCAUGCUAGCUGGGCAUUAGUCCAAAGCAACUGGGAAGCAGCAGAAUGAGGAAGGCUGACCCCAGGGUUAGAUUAAGGAUUUGUAGUUUUGGGAGUAAGCUGAGAAUGCUUCCAUAUUUUAGAGCCCCACAAUCUCAUCUUGAGCCAUGAUAGUUCAAAACAGGUUUUAAAAUGGUUUUAGUUUGUUAACAUAGAUCAGGUGUGGUGAACCUUUGGCCCUCCAGAUGAAGCUGAGCUGCAGCUCCCAUCAUUCCUGGCCAUUGACCAUGCUUGCUGGGGCUGAUGGGGCCUGUAGUUUAGCAACAUCUGGAGGGUCAACAGUUCCCCAUACCUGAUAUAGAGCAUGUCCCAAAGGUGCAUGCUUUUCUUCUUGUCCCUCAGUGAUAAGCGAACUUUAAAAUAACCAGUAUGGUUUUUCUCUCUACUUUUUCUUUCCGCAACCACAAAAGAGUCCCCCCCCCCCAUGUUGCUAUACAGUGCACACUGAUAUGGGUUAGCUAGGCCUGCUUUUGAUAGCAGUGCAGGAUACAGCCUGUCCAAUUCUUGGCUUCUGUUCCACGCAGUUUAGCAAGGCCUGGGAAGCUUAACAGCUUAGCAAUUGGGAGACUGGACUCUUGCUGCCAUGGAGGUCAGGCUGAGCUAGAAGAGGACUGAAUGGAUUUGGACUAGUUUGGACGCAUGUGUAUCUUCAUAAUUCUUCCUAUUUGCCCCUUCUGCUUUCACUUUCCGCAGCAUCAUUUUCCUCCUUAGGUCAAAUUUUCUGCAGACGUGAAUAGUUUGAAAAUCAUGAACCUGUUUCAGAAUCUUGCUUCCCAACCACACCUGUCCUGAAUGGCAGCUUCUCCUACAGUCCACAAUCCCAUCUAUGAGCCAGCAAAAAAAAGCUCCAUUCCUCCAUACUCAUCUGUGUAUAUAACUUUUCUCUAUAACACAUAUAUUAUAUAUAUGUUUCAGUAUUGUAAUUAUGUAUACAGAACCAUGGGAUUUUUUUUUUGACCUUGUGCUGUUAUUUAAUAAUGGGACAGACACUGGAAAUUUGGAAUUCAUUUUCUCCCCUUUUGCUUUUUUAAUUUUAUUAGGGUUUUUUUUACCACUACCCCUAAUCAGGAAAAGCAGAAAAUUGGAAGUUUACAGUUGACAUCUCCUUGCUGUCCUCCUUGUUAAUAAUUCCUUUUCUUUUUGUUGUUCGUGUCUCGUUCUCACUGGAUUUUUCCAUUGCUUUGUUUAAAAAUGUUAACCAAAAAAAACACAAAUGACAUUCAAGUUUGUCAAAUGUCUUCAUUUGAAGGUUUGGGCUGCCUUCUGUGGGAUUGGGGUAUCUGCAUCAGUGGGGAGGGGGAAACUUUUCUCUACUGAAAGGCAUAUAUGGGUUUUUUGGGGUGGGUGGGGUUCUUUCAUAUGCCCAGUAUCGCCCAUCCUAUAUUUGUGCAUCUGAUUUCUUUUUCCUGACUUAAAUUCAGAACUUUACAUUUA